UAAACUUGAUCAGCAAAAGCAUGUGCAAAGUUCAUAAGAUUAUCGGUAAUCGAUUUAUGUAUUUUAGUCUAUUUUUCUUUAACGACUACUUGGUAUCACUAAUCUUUAAUAUUCUUAUAUGUUGAAGUUGAAAAAGUUAACACAAUCCGCAAGUGAAUGGUAGGAGAUACAAACUCACUGAAUUGCUGAUUUAUUUCAAGUAUACACAUAUUUAUUUAUUAGACAUUUCAUAUUUUCGUUUUUUAAGUGUUCUGCAUGGUAUAUAAGUAAAAUAUACUCGAUACGAUCUUGGAUUUAUUCCGUAAAGAAACUACAUAACCUUUGGAUUACAUUGGCUGGUACUCAAGCAUUAGAAAGAAUGUCAAAUAUUAAAAUAUUAGACGGUGGAUUUUCUGCACAAUUAUCCACUCAUGUUGGCGCAAAAAUCGAUGGUGAUCCCCUGUGGACAGCAAGAUUUUUAGCAACAAAUCCUAAUGCUGUUUAUGCCACACAUUUAGAUUUCUUAAGAGCAGGGGCAGAUAUUAUAGAGACUAAUACAUACCAAGCUUCAAUUCCUGGUUUAAUGAAAUAUUUAUCUAUCACUGAGGGAGAAAGUAUAAAUUUAUUACAUGAAGCUGUUAAGCUUGCCCAAAAAGCUGUUAAUGAUUAUACUAAAGAGAUUGAAGGAAAUAAUAAUAUUGAAAAUAAGAAUCCAGUGAUUGCUGGUUCUUGUGGACCAUAUGGAGCUAGUUUACAUGAUGGUUCUGAAUAUAAUGGGGCUUAUGGUAAAACAACACCACGUGAAGUAAUGAUGCAAUGGCAUAAAUCGCGUAUUGAUGCCCUGAUUGAUUCUGGUAUAGAAUUAUUAGCAUUAGAAACAAUACCCUGUUAUCAGGAAGCAGAAGCAUUGGUGGAACUUUUGAAAGAAUAUCCAAAUGUCAAAGCAUGGCUUUCAUUUUCAUGUAAAAGAAAUAGUCAAAAUAUAGUAGAUGGAAGUAAUUUUCAAGAAGUUGCCACACAUUGCUAUAAGAUGGCUUUGCCUGGCCAAAUAAUUGCUAUUGGUGUGAAUUGUCUUGCCCCAAAAGAUGUAUCUCCUUUACUAAGAAAUAUUAACAAAAAUACAGCAAAUCAAUUUAUACCAUUAAUAGCAUAUCCUAACAGUGGAGAAAUAUAUUCAUUACCUGAAGGAUGGAUAAAGGAUGAAAGUUAUCCUCCAUUUGAAAAUUUUAUUCCUGAAUGGCUAGAGAUUGGGGUACAGUACAUUGGAGGUUGUUGCAGAAUGUAUGCAGAAAAUAUCAAAUCAAUCAGAAAAGAAGUAAAUAGCUUUAAGAAAAAGGAAGCAGAAAAAGAAGACUAACUUUCUUUCAAUAUAAUAUUCAAAUCUUCCUAUUUUUACUAAAUAACGAAAUUUAUUGA